AAAAGGAUCAGUCAGGCGGUCAUUGCCACCGCCAUCGUAGCUUGCUGCCAUAGCUGCUGUCACCAUGGCCAUCGCAGAACUUCUUGGAGUUGAAUUCGACAUGCAGCUUCUGCUCAAAAUGAGUCUUUCUGUGGCGACUGUACUUCUGGUUUCACUGGUCUACAGGUUCUACAGCUCUAGGAGUACAGAGGAAAUCCAAGUCAAUCAUUGUCAAGAACCACAGACCUGUAAAAGAUGCAAGACCCAGCUGACUGAUGGAACCAAUGAUGACCUACUUGGACCUUCGUCAUCUGAGGACGACAAACAAAACACUACAGAAGACAAUCCGGUUCAGGAUGCAUCUAACCUGUCAAACUGUGAUCAACACUUCAGCAAAGAGGCAAAUGUACCUUCAACAAGUGGAAGAGAACUGAACCCUCCUAAUCCAGCAAAGAGUGGGCUAUCAAGUACAAAAGGCCGUCGCUCUACUAGCUUUUUAAAGAAAGUGGAAGGUGGUAUGGGCGUAGGUAGGGAACUAAGGCAAGAGUUGGAACAACGUGGUGUCUACUCUAGCUUUAUCUCCAAGUCAGAGAUAAAGGUGGAGGAUGCAAAGCUAGUGCUGGACCAUCCAAGUGACCAAGUAGUGUAUGGUAAGAUAUACGAAUACUAUGUGGAAAGUUCUUCUCACUGUAGUACAAACCCAAACAACAUUGUGGGUCAGAAUGAAACGGAUUCUGAGCCACGGCAAACAGAGAUUGGAAGCCAUAGCAGCAUCCUAAUGGAAUCUCCUUCUUCUGUGGACUUUGACAUUACUGAGGAAUCCUCCUUACUUGGGAAUCCAAUGUCGACAUCCACACCCUUACGCAAGCAUAGCUAUCUAGCUGCUGCGGAGCAGUCAGCACUGCCAAGUCCAGUGUCAACGUCUUGCAGCUCAACCAGUGCUGGACCUCUGAUCAGUUCUUCCAUAAACAAUAAACACCAGAACGGCAGCAAAUGUCCUGACCUAGAGGCUGUCUUAUUGAACCGGUUCGUUCACCGAUCAGACGUGGAAAACCUCAAAAGUCAAGUGGAUCUGGGCAACUGUUUGGAGGCGCUUUUUUUGGCCAAAAAAUACGACGAAAGGUCAGUGGUGCAAGCAGCCGUCGAAGUUAUGUCCGACAACUACCUGCAGGUGCUCCUGGAUCGUGAUCUUUACGGGCGUCUUACCGGUGCCGAGCGGGAACUAAUCAGGAGGCAGAGAACAAGUGGGAGAAGAUUCAUUGUCGUGGCAGAUAUGAACCCCCAAGACUCGUCAAGUGACAGCAGGGCGGUAAAAAAAAAGCCGAGUGCCUUGUAUUACUAUGAUGACUUCCAGGACACCUGGGAUAAACUUUGCUCCAUUCCACCAGAGGUCAUCAGCAAUGCUUGUGGUAUGUGCACAAUGGAUAACUACUUGUUUGUCGCCGUUGGAAUGGAUAGUGAAGCGACACCUUCCAAGCGAGUGUUUUGCUACAACCCUCUCACAGACAUUUGGAAGGAAAUCAGUUCCAUGAAUGAAGCCAGACCACGUUGCAAACUCGCCGCACUGGACGGAUACAUUUACGCCAUCGGCGGGGAGUGCCUCACGUCAGUGGAGCGUUACGACCCGCAUUCAGACAAAUGGACAUUUGUGGCCCCUCUGCCUAACGAUACAUUCGCCGUGGCCCAUCACGUGACGGUGUGCAACAGGGAGCUGUUUGUGUCCGGAGGUACUAUUCGCUACAUGCUGCUGCGCUACAGCCCCAAGAGCGACACCUGGAGGGGGAGUCUUCUAGCAGGCAACAAAGACAGGACGGCAGACCUGGUGGCCGUAGGACCCUUUCUGUAUCGGUUUGAAGUCAAUCCUCUGCUAGGGAUCAGCGUGUAUCGCUACCACACCGUGGCCCGACUGUGGUACCAGUGCGACACAAAACGCCUUCCCAACUGUGCCGCUUUCCAGUGCGUUGCGAUGGACGACAACAUUUACUGCGUCAGCCGUCACUUCACCUUGAGGUUCGAGGCCGACGAAAUCUCUCCGGCUUUCGCUAAGGAACAUUUGAGCAUCUCUGUGACCAACGGACUGCUUUUUCCUUUUGUCCUGUCGCUCCCUGAUAAAAAGCCCCUGCAGACCAGCGUGUAGCGCAAACUCACUUUAUGAAUGGCGAUAGCAUCCCAUCCGACAGCUGACACAAGCUCUCCAUCAGCUUUUUGGACUAUGGUCAUAGCUAACUUUUGAGGUUACCCUGAGUUUUAAAUCUUGGUCAUUAUCUGGGUCUUUGAAAAAAGACUAAGAUAGUGUUAUUCUGUUUUUUUUUUUUUUAAAUGGGAUUUCUUCAGAGCAGCCCGAGCCGGUCACCAAUUGGCACCGUUCAAGUAUCGACACGUCCAGAAUUUUUGCGCGACGCAGGGAAUUUUUCAAACGGCUCCGAGAAAUUUGCUGUUGCGCCGCAAACGGCAAUUUUCCGGGAAAAAAAAUCCAUUUUCAAAGUUUAUCUAGUCCUACAAUUUUUGACCAAAUUACAUAAUUUAGUUAUCAAAAAUUCCGGGAUGGUGAGGGGCAUAAAAGUUGUAUACAGAAUUUGGAAAAAAAAAAAUUAUGGUUCCCCGGAAAUUUGACAAAAACUUGCCCAUUCAUUUUUAAUGAGGAAAAAAAAGUUUCAAAAUGUAUCUAGUCCUACAAUUUUUGAGCAAAUCACAGAAUUUGCGCAUAAAAAAAUUCCAGGAUGGUGAGGGGCAUAAAAGUUACACACAGAAUACGGAAAAAAUUUAAGGUUCCCGGGAAAAUUGCCAAAAACUUGCCCAUUCAUUUUUAAUGGGAAAAAAAGAAAACUUUCAAAAUGUAUCUAGUCCUACAAUUUUUGACCAAAACACACAAUUGGGGCAUCAAAAAUUCCAGGACGGCGAGGGGAAUAAAAGUCACCAAAAAAUUAUUUUGGAAAAAAAUGUACGGUUUCUCGGAAAUUUGACAAAAACAUGCCCAGUCAUUUAUAGAGGGAAACAAAGAAAAGUUUCAAAAUAUAUCUAGUCCUUCAAUUUUUGACGAAAAUACUCAACAUGGGCAUCAAAAAUUGCAGGACGGUGAGGGGCAGAAAAGUUACACACAGAAUUUGGAAAAAAUUUACGGUCCCCCGGAAAUUUGCCAAAAACUUGCCCAUUCAUUUUUAAUGGGAAACUAAAAGAAGUUUCAAAAUGUAUGUAGUCCUUCAAUUCUUUACCAAAUCACACAAUUUGGGCAUAAAAAAUUCCGCGAUGGUGAGGGGCAUAAACGUUAAAUACAGAAUUUGAAAAAGAUUUACGGUUUUAAGGAAAUUUGACAAAAAAUUGCCCAUUCAUUUCUAAUGGGAAAUGUCCCAUUCACUUUCAGUGUGAUUUCCAAUAGAAUUCACAUUGCAUUGUUGCCAUUGACGGCCAUGUAUGUCAAAUCUAUUGAUGCUAAUGUACUUGGAUUCCAUUGACGCAUCUGUGAGUUGAUGCCACUGAUGGCCAUAAACAUCCAAAUUUUUUCCCAUUAAUUUUCAAUGGGUAAAAAAAAAAAAUCCCCAAAUCAACAGGAAAUUACCAGAUAUCAACAGGACAUGUCUCUCAAAUGUCCCCGAAUCCAUUGAAGCUUAUGGAGGGUGCUGCCAUUGACGUCCAUGGACGUCCAAAUUGUUUCCCAUUCAUUUUCAAUGGGUAAAAAAAAUGUCCCCAGAUCAACAGUAAAUGACCAGAUAUUAGUAGCACAUGUCCCCCAAUUGUCCCCGAACCCAUUGAUGCUUAUGGAGGGUGCUGCCAUUGACGUCCAUGGACGUCCAAACUUCCCAUUCAUUUCCAAUGGCAUUUAAUCACGUUUUUUCAUUCUAUUGAUGCUAAUGUACUUGGAUUCCAUUGACACCUAUGUAAGUCGACACCAUUGACAUCCAUGGACGUCCAAAAAAUUUCCCAUUCAUUUUCAAAGGCAAAAUAAAACAAUUUCCCCAGAUCAACAGGAAAUGACCAGAUAUCAACAGAACGUGUCUCCCAAAUGUCCCCGAAUCCAUUGACGCUUAUGGAAGGUGCUGCCAUUGACGUCCAUGGACAUCCAAACUUCCCAUUCAUUUCCAAUGGCAUUUAAUCAUGUUUUUUUUUCAUUCUAUUGAUGCUAAUGUACUUGGAUUCCAUUGACACCUAUGUAAGUCGAUACCAUGGACGUCCAUGGACGUCCAAAAUUUUUCCCAUUCAUUUUCAAAGGCAAAAUAAAACAAUUUCCCCAGAUCAACAGGAAAUGACCAGAUAUCAAUGCGACGUGUCCCACAAAUAUCCCCGAUUCCAUUGACGCUUAUGAAGGGUGCUGCCAUUGACGUCCAUGGACGUCCAAAUUUUUUCCCAUUCAUUUUCAAUGGCAAAAAAAAAAAAAAAAAAUGUCCCCAAAUCAACACGAAGUGACCUGAUAUUGUCCCCGAAAUGUCCCCAAGCCAACCUGGGCGGGGUUAAGAUCUGUAUCACCUCAGAGCAAAGACCCAGAGUAAUUUCUCCAGAAAUUGCAGUUUCUAGUUCUCUUUCUUCUCAUGCAGAAGUAGUGAAAGUGGAUGGAUUGUUUUGGCGAUACUUUUUUCAAUUCUGUUUCAAAUUUUAUAUCCUGAAAAGGUGUGCUGUUGCAAAUGUAUAUUCUGCAUAAAGGAGCUAUUGGACUAAAGUGUCUGCUAUUGUGCACAUUUUUCUUUCAAACAUGCAACAACACAAACAUAAGCUUGCUUUAUUCUCAUUUUAUUGCAAUUACUGCCCCUUUAUUAGCGAUCUCUUACCAUAAAUGUAAAACAUUAGCACCCUAAUGGCCAUCUGAAUGCUGUUUGCUUAGAUUAAUGCAGGAUGUGCUGCCUCGCAAACAGUUUGCGCCUUUAAAUUUGCUGCUCCGCCUUGCCAUUAAGUGACUUUUAUAUCAUCUCAGAUCUUCAGCUUCGAGCGCCGAAUCCCACUCAUGAGUAAGUGUCGCAGUAAGUUGUAUACAUUAUACAAAUGAGGCAAUACGGCCACAAUCCAUCACCGAGUUUGCGCUACACGGGGCACGGAUAUAACUGGCACAGUGACCUGGAUAGAACGCAAUUAUCUGCAACGGCAGUGUAAAUACAACAGCAUGUAAAUGGGGGUGUCAUGCAAUAUAAAUAGGUGAGCUUCUGAAAGCAUCUGUCACAGGCGUGCACGCUCUCCUUUGGUGGCUGGAAAGUGUGACUGAGUUUCCGUUUGGAGUGUGCCGUCCUCGAAACGUGGUACAACGUAUACAAACUUGUCAUUCUGUGCGUGCUGUGUAUUCCUGUUUGGGUCAUUAUGCAUAAUGUGCAAAGAAAUAAGAUGUACUGCAAGUGAUGUAAAUAUUCAUCAUUGGGGGCUCAUUGAAAGACUGACAGCAUCUCUUGAGAGAUGUGCUGCUAUAGCACCAUCAUGUGGCUCUGGCGGAAAG